CAGCUUCUUAAUGCAAAACUGAAGACUGAGGCACUGAAGUCAGUGGCGGGGUCACUGAAGUCACGGUGUUCGAGUGUGACAGAUAACAGGCUGGAUUAUGUGGACUGUCCUCCGCCUGCUCGGAUUCUCUGGAGUACACAGAGAUGCACAAGCGAGCCAUAGUGCAAAACAAUACCAUGGCUUGAGAAAUCAGGGAUCAACGUGUUACCUGAACACAGUGCUGCAGUGUCUCUACAUGACCAAAGACUUCAGAACAGCAGUACAGAGCUUUAAACAAGAUCCACAGGACUCCAACCAGGGAAAUGCUGGUCUGUUGUUACAGCUGCAAAAUCUCUUUGGAGAGCUAAACAAGGUCAAUGCCACCACUGAAGGAAUAACUGAAAGUCUUAGCAUCAACAACGGUGAGUUAUUUUCCAUGUUCUUAGUCACGUGCUUGUUGUCGGUGUUGUUUACAUUGUCCUAUUUAUUUUUAGUCUAUGAACAGCAGGAUGCGGUGGAAUACUAUCAGAGAAUCCUAAAACAAAUUGUGCCACAAGUGUCCCAGGUCUUUGAAGGAAAACUGAGUAACAACAGUAAAUGUCCAGAUGGACACAUAUAUCAGGAGAAGUGUCCCUUCAUCACAAUCCCUCUUGCCAUAGACACUGGACAUGAUAAAAUAUACAAUGUGAAGGAGGGACUGGAGGCUUUUUUCCAACCUUCUCAGUUAGAUGAAGACAACUGGUUGUACUGUGACCAGUGUGACCAAAAAACAGAAACGGAGACUUGGAAUGAAAUAGAAGAGUUUCCCACAGUCCUGACUCUGCAUCUGAAGAGGUUUGACUUUGACUACAUGCAGAUGAGGCAUGUGAAAAACCACUGUCCCAUGGAGAUUCCCCCGACUCUACAGCUUAAAGAUUAUGAAUAUGAUCUUUAUGCAGUUGUUAACCACAGCGGUGAUCGAAAUGGAGGCCACUACAAUGCUGCCAUCAAGUCAUUUGAGGAUAAUCAGUGGUACUGCUUUGAUGACUCUUCUGUCACAAAGUAUUCAGUGGAUGCCCUACAAAAGUCACGGUUGGCCUACUUACUGAUGUACAGACAAACAGCACCAAGCCGAAGAAAUUUUACACUGCAAAAACUCCUGAAAUCUACUGCACUUCGACGAAUGACCUCUGCACUGCACAAUCGCUUUAUCAUAGCUGGAGUUACUGCAAUUAGACGAAUGACCUCUGCACUGCACAAUCGCUUUAUCAUAGCUGGAGUUACUGCACUUAGACGAAUGACCUCUGCACUGCACAAUCGCUUUAUCAUAGCUGGAGUUACUGCAAUUAGACGAAUGACCUCUGCACUGCACAAUCGCUUUAUCAUAGCUGGAGUUGUUACAACGUGUCUGGUAACAGUCAUGUGGAGAAUGUUCAGGUUAAGAUUCCCUAAAUCAUAGUGACCAUAAAAUGUCACAUUAUCUAUUAUAUGAUCAUUGAUUGAACCUUCUUCAUGCAACUUCAUUGCUCAACAUGUUUGUGAAAGAAAAUGAAAAAUAUAGAUGACUCACUUCAAAAGUGCUGGCACAUCACAGAGAUAAACAACUUUGCUUUUAUGUUCUGAAUGUAUGACUGAGCGUGGUUUGUUUGUUUUCUCUUUAAGUAAUAUUAAAUUCAUUCUGUAUUCAGUA